GAAAAAAAGAAAAUAAAAAAUUGCAGACCUGUGCUUUUGAAUGAUAAUAGAGCACUUAAAUCAGUGUAAAACGUUUCAUGAGCAGCUUUGAUAUUUGUGUGUAACAGGACAUAAUAGAACAACUUAUGCAAAAUGUACAAGUACACGUCCAGGGAAAGAUGCAGAACAAUAAUGAAACAAUGGACAGUAUAGCAGGAGUGUACUGUCUCUAAUUCCAUAAAGUCUUAUAACGUCCACAAAAUGUUCUCAAAAUUAUUGCGACCUGGCCUUUCUGGAGCCUGUAAACAUAUACCAAAAUUAACCAGACAAUAUAAAAAUAUAAUUAGAACAAAACAUAGCUCUAGGUUUCCUAGGAAACCAAACAUAUCAUGUGUCAAAAAUGGAUUGACGUUACUGCUAACAGGUGGAUAUUCCCUUGCAUGGAUGUCUCCUUUACAAAUGAUAAGAGAAAGAAAACCUGUGUCUGAUAAACCAUUAUAUGAUCCUGAUCCGGAACGCCUAGCAAACAUUCCAAAAGAAGUCUUCAAAAAAGAUACAGUAAAGAAACAACCAAAAAGAUAUUUCAUCACGAAGAUCCUGAUCAAAAUAUGGCAGACAAUUAGACUUGCUUGGAGAAUUUGCAGAAUAACAAUACGGUUUAUGCCGAUUAUUAUCCUAUACCCUACUACUUAUAUCAGCCAGGGUGUGACAGAUUUCUGGUAUCGCUGGUUUAUUCAGUCUGUAGAGAACUCAGGCCCAGCCUUUAUCAAAUUUGGACAAUGGGCUAGUACUCGUCGAGAUAUCUUUUCAGUUCAGUUUUGCGAAAAGUUUGGCAAGUUGUUCAGGAGAGUUACUCCUCAUUCUUGGCUCUACACAAAGAAAACCUUUGAGCGAGCAUUUGGAAAAAGAUGGCGCACUAUCCUUGUGAAGUUCGACAACAACAGAAAGCCAGUUGGAUCUGGUUGUAUUGCUCAGGUGUAUCAUGCCUAUAUGAAGGAAGACAUGAUCCCAGAUGAGAGUCUACUUGAAGAGAUUCAUAAUGAAGUCUUAGAUGAUGAUGACGACACACCAGAUUUCUUUGAAGGACUAGAGGUGCUAGGGUUUGGUGCUUUAUAUGGUAACAGAGACCAAGAUCUUGAUAAGCAAGAAGCAGAGUUAAAAUCAGCGGCCCAAAGUAGACGUGAAGCAAGGGAAGCUGAACAACUUUCCCAAUCUGAAGGCAGUCAAGAUGAAACUACUAAAGAUUCAAGUUCUAUUGUUGAUGUGAGACCAAAGAAACAUCAGACUGACAAUGAUGAUCUUGAAGGACUGAUCCCAGUUGCAGUAAAGGUGCUGCAUCCUGGUGUCUAUAGCACUGUGAACAGAGAUCUGAAGAUAUUGCGCUUCCUAGCACAAUCCCUGGAGUUUAUUGUGCCAAGCUUACGCUGGUUGAGCCUUAAAGAUUGUGUUGAAGAAUUUGCUGACCUUAUGAAAAGACAGAUUGAUCUGCGUUAUGAGGCUGAUUGUCUCGAACAGUUUAUUACAAACUUCAGUGACGUACCAUGUGUUCGAUUUCCUUUACCAAUAAGGCCAUACUGCAAACGAGAUGUCAUGAUUGAAACAUUUGAGGAAGGCCCUCAUAUAUCAGAAUUUGUGGAAGGAGGAAUAGGAGAUGUGUCUGACGACUCAACAGAAUUAGACACAUCAGACCUUGUAGGCCCUAAUACCAUACAGAAUAAACUGGCUGAUGUUGUCGUAGAUACUCUUCUGAAAAUGGUGUUCCUUGAUAACUUGGUACAUGGUGACUUACAUCCGGGCAACAUACUAGUGCAGAAUGCAGAUGUUUAUACUCCAGAGGACGACAACAAGCUUGUGAUACUAGACCUUGGUGACACUGUCAUGAUUAAUGUAAAAUCUGUAGAAUGUCCCCUCAGACUAAUUCUCGUUGAUGCAGGGAUAACAUCAUCGCUCAGCAAAUCAGAUCUUCAGAACUUCCGGGAAGUGUUCACAGCUGUUGUCCAAGGGAAUGGAGAGAAAGUUGCAGAAUUAUUCCUGACAAAUACAAAAUGUGUGGAAUGCAAAGACAUUGAAUGUUUUAAGAGUGAAAUGGCUGAUUUGGUGAACACCGCAAGAGCCAGUACCAUAUCACUAGGACAGAUCCAGGUUGGCGUCCUCCUCUCUGAUGUUUUCUCUCUUCUGCGACGUCAUCGGAUCAAGAUGGAGAGUCAGUUUGCAUCAGUUAUGUUGGCGAUAUUUGUCCUCGAGGGACUUGGUCGAUCUCUGGACCCUGAUUUGGAUAUUUUAGAGAAAGCUAAACCAAUACUGUUAGAGUCAGCAAUGCGAUAUUGAUAUUGGAGUGACAUCUUUAAUUCAGGUUUGAAAACGCAAUCAAGUUAA